AUUCGCUUAGUAAUUUCGAGCCAACCUUCGCGUCGCGUCCACGGUAUUUACGCUAGAAAACGAGUGUUAAAAAUUUCUCCGCCAAGUCGCGCCGCGGUUGGAAAGUUUACAUUAUAAUAAUAUACACAAAAUGUCGGAAUACCCGGAUCAUCUCAACCCGUUCAAACGCAGCGGUUUACGCGAAUCCUUCCGGUCUAUGAAGAGCGCUUUUAAUAUACGCUUUCGAAAAAAGGAUCGUUCAAAGGACCGUAAUUCAGUUUCGACCACAAAUUCACAAACAGAAGCGCGAUUACGGCAUGGCGAGAAGACUAAUGGCGUGCAAGUGCCGCGAAGCGAGACAAUCAUCGGGACGACCGGGACGCCGGAAAUGUUGCCCCGGUCGAGGUUUACGGAGCGGGUAGCGCGGUCACACACCAUGGAUUUACGGAAUGUGAAUAAUCCCAAUCCGUUCGACGAAGAUGACAAAUCAGAAAAUACCAAGGGUGGUGUGGCAGUAAAAGUGUCGGAUACCGCGAGGCGGGGACGACGUAAGAAACGAGCACCACUACCACCGGGUGCUCGAAAUAAUUUAACCGUUCCGGGUGAGCAUAAUAAUUCCCAGUGGAGUAUAGAUUCUUAUACAUCUUAUGACACUGAUUAUUCGACGACUGCGCACACGCAUUCAGAGAAUGAAGACGCGCAUUCGGAAAAUGCUGAGCGACUGAAAGACAUUCAAGAGAUAAGUAAAGAGAUUCAGCAGGUGUUUUGUGAUACAGAAACUACUGAUGUAGUAGUUACGGAUAAGCAGGUGAAUGAAACAGGCGAAGAAAGUAAAGAUGAUAAACCUCUAAGUGAGGUUAUACCUGUUUCCGUAGACACGGACACACCAGUAGAUAAAACAAUAACUUCAACGGAAGAAGUUAAAGUAAAUGGUGAUGUACAGAGUGAAACUGAAGUUAAAGAAAAUACUAGCAAACCGGAAACAGAAGAAAAAGAUGAAAAUGCAGCUGAUAAUGAUACUACUACCAAUAAAGAAGUGGUAGAAAAAGUGGAUGUAAAGGAAGAUGUGCAUCCUGAAGAAAUUAAUAAUAAUAUACAAGAUGAAACCCCAAAAUCCCAAGAACACCAUGAAGUAAUAAGCAAUGGUCAUACUGAAAUUAAAGAGCAAUUAGAACCGACGCCAGAAGAAAGGAAAAAUGAAGAUAAAGUAAACUGUGAUACACCCGAGCAUGAAAAGUCAACUGAAAUAAACAACACAACUGUAUCUACUGACGUACAGCAAGAGAAACCGGAAGAUAAUGGUGAUAUCGAUGUCGAUGUGAUUUGCAAUUCUGAUAAUGUGGCUUACGUUGACCGGAAGUCUAUAUUCAUCGCAGGAUCCACUGAUAAUCUGGAUGUGCAUCAGUGUACUGAGACGACGUUGUUCAUCACUGGUUCCUGCGACCAGUUGGAUAGCAACAAGGCGCCGACACCGAAAAUGCGCAAACACAAAUUGGGCAGGGAGACAAUGCUCGGGUCAGCGGGUGAUAGCCUUAAUAUUUGUAGUGAGAUGCAGUGAUAAAAUGCAACAAAGCGUGCGGCGGAACGCAAACAGUCAUUACUAAUUAUAGCUGAUAGGUGCCUUACUUAUAUUACUUAGUUAUCGAAAGCAAUUGCAUAGUUAUUUAUUGAUACUCCUAUUAAAUUUCCAGUUGAGAAGUUAUGUGUGCUUGAAACAUAUCUUAGAGCGAGAGCCAGUGACGGCCAGACUUUCGUCAUUUUAGGAAAGAUGAAAUUUUGUCCAUGUGUUUCUCCAGCACAGGUAAGAACGAUCCCCAAUUAUGAAACCUGGAUCGUGGUUCCUUUGGCAGUUAACAGCCAACAAAGAUGUACAAAUGAUGACCUAUGUUUCGUUAUUUUAGCAUACUCCAUUUUUGCAUAUUUUGUUCGUCACAUUAUUAUAACAUGCGCUGCUCAUUGCCAGUCACCUGGUAUGGUUCCAACCCUAGCCAGACACCCCUAAAGUAUAUUUUUUUUAACUUUUUUACUUUCGUUAUAUUAGGAAAGCUGAAUUUGAUACACAUUAUACAGAGAGCUAUGAAACUGUGUUUUCAAGCACGCCAGACAGUUUGGUCGGUUCUAUCAUCCUGCCAGACGCACUGAAAGUGUAUAAGAGUUGCAAAAAUUGAAUUGUUUAUACAUGAAAUUUUCGCAUAAUAGUAAUUUUAUUUCAACAAAUAUUUAAUAAUAAUCAUCACUGUUAUCGAUAUCUCCAUUUUCGCCAUCACUGCAACUCCAGUCCGAUGUUUGAUCGUUAUCAAUAUCGCCUGCUCCGUCCGUUUAUACAAAAAUAAAAUAAAAUCAAUUUAACUGAAGCUUUUAAUAAAAAAAAUUGCGCAACUUUGAUGCUAGCAGCUUACCACCUUGCAAGAGUGAGCUACUUCAACAAUUUUUGCGAGCGAAUCAUAUAUGUUGUAUAUGGAUUAUUAUUAAAUAUUUGUUGAAAUAAAAUUACUAUUAUGCGAAAAUUUCAUGUAUAAACAAUUCAAUUUUUGCAACUCUUAUACACUUUCAAUGCGUCUGGCAAGAUGAUAGAACCGACCAAACUGUCUGGCGUGCUGGAAAACACAGUUUCAUAGCUCUCUGUAUAAUGUGUAUCAAAUUCAGCUUUCCUAAUAUAACGAAAGCAAAAAAAAGUUAAAAUAUAAUAUACUUUAGGGGUGUCUGGCUAAGGUUGGAACCAUACCAGGUGACUGGCAAUGAGCAGCGCAUGUUAUAAUAAUGUGACAAACAAAAUAUGCAAAAAUGGAGUUUGCUAAAAUAACGAAACAUAGGUCAUCAUGUGUACAUCUUUGUUGGCUGUUAACUGCCAAAGGAACCACGAUCCAGGUUUCAUAAUUGGGGAUCGUUCUUACCUGUGCUGGAGAAACACAUGGACAAAAUUUCAUCUUUCCUAAAAUGACGAAAGUCUGGCCGUCACUGGCUCUUGGUCUAUCUGUAUUUAUAUAUCAAAAUGAAGUCAUGUAAAUUUAAUGCAUUAUGUAUGACGAGGCGUCACUUGUUAUUAAUGCGAUGGAUUUGUAUAGACAAUUUUAAGAGAUUAUUACGUUUCUUUCGUAAUGACCCCUGAAUACAGAUUAUUUGGGGUGUAAAAAUUGCAAGGUCAGACAUUGUAGACAUUGCAGAGCAGAGUUGAACCUGGAUGCUUUGGCGCAUGCGUUGCUUCUUUGAGCUGCUGGCGCACGCUUGCGAGGCUUUCAGUCGCGGCGUGUCUUGCGUGUAGGUUAUACGUACAUUCGAGUCGGCAUGUCGUAUUAAAUUUGAUCAAUUGACAGUGUUUAUUUGUAGUAAAUCGUGUAAUUGUCGAUAAACGCGAACAAAAUGUGGAUACACUU